ACCGUAUAUCGUGUUAAGCUGCUGCUAUGUGAGAAAACAUUUGUUGAAAGAUACCCUCCAAAAAAGGUUUACAAAAUUAUCCGAGAUUUAGAUUGACAGAGGUAUGAAAGAGCUCAUAGAACCAUUUUCACCUCACCUCACCGGUCCCAUAGCCUCACCGGCCGUAGGGGCAGCAAUCCAUUAUAAACUACAAAACUAAAGUGCGGUAUGCUUGAAUGGGUACCUUAUAAUAAUUAAUGAAUAUCAAAGAGGUAUAGUGUCUUUUUAUGUUUGUGACAUAAUGUUAGCUAAAAUAAUUAUUAAGAAUAGUGUGUACUGGUGUAGACUACAAGAUAAGACUAUAGCGGUGUUUGGUGGAAUUUUUAAAAAUUUGGCCGUUUCUUUUGAGCUGUCAUAUUUAAGAUUAUAAUGAAGUUAUUGCAUAUUCAUGGCAACAUUCAAUGGAGCUAACUGCAGUAAAUUAGAUACAAAGAGAAUAAGAUAAAACGUAGGCUAUUUUUACUUAUUAUAUAAAAACUAUGCUAUGCUCUUGUUAUAAUUAACAUGCUUCUUCUCUCUUCUUAAAACAUGUGUGGACGAAAUUACAAAAAUGUGUUUGUUAUACCGUGGUCACAUGAUGACAUCAGAUAUUUGAGCAUGCCUUCCUUUGUGUGGGCAUAUUUCUCUCCUACAUGUAUGGUACUACGUGUAUCUCUGUACAGCGAGCAUUCGUAAUGCAAAAUGUAUUUCGUUCUCUAUUGACAUGUAGUUCCUAUCAUGAGAUAUAUAUAGCCUACCAUUGGAAGGACUUCGAGUGUAUCUAUCAGCUUAAAUUUGCAGUGGAUAAUUGCUAAUCCAAAGUCUAUAUAUGUACCAUGUAGAGAUUAUGUUUGAAUAAACUUCAAUUCAAUCCUUCUAUGAAUUAAGAUCAAUUCUGGUACAUAGGACAACUUGUAUAUGCAUCACACAGUUAUGCAUUAUAUUGUCAUAAUAAAUGAUUCUGUGUUACACCAUAUUUUUGCUUGUAAAAGAUCGUCAAUCAUAUAUCUUAGAGGAUGCAUCUUUUUAUAUCUGACCUUUUUGUCUCUCACCUUGCAUCAGCUUUGUGAUGUCAAGAUGAGGUCAUCCAUAACAUCAGGUCAGCGUGACAUUAUUCAAAUAGAUUGUCUAACCACAAAGACAGUAGAGUGAGGGUACAUUUCCUCAGGCAAUUCCCAACUAAUGCGUAGAAAAAUCAGUGCCCCCCCCCUCCCCCAUAGUGGCGAAACCGGAUUUACUGGCCUGAGGAUUAAACUCUUCAGCAGAUUUUGCUGUCACGUCUUACCGCAAUGACAUUCUUCAAAACAAAUAUAAAACUGUCUUGAGAUGAAUUCUGUACAGUAAGUGUUGAUGGGGUCACUGCAGUUUGAAAGUAUCAUGAUCUUCAGUUGAAUUGUGUGUGGAUACAAAUAAAAAUGGCGGCACAUGCCACGGAUAGAGAAACACCUUUGUUCCGCAGAACUGAUGGAUGACAUCACCCUACAGACCGGUUCAAACCAGAUAGAGAUGCAGACGACUCAUUCUACACAAUUUGAAAGAAAGGAAACAUUCGCCCUGUCUUCUUUGGUUUGUCUUACUUUUACUUCUUUAAACAUGCUCGUCUUUCAAGUAUGGUGACUUUUUGGUACUAUUGUGUAUUUCAAGGCUGAAACUAUGUUGAGUAAGUAAAUAUGUUAAUUUCAAGGAUAAAAGACCGGGCUCACCUGUGAUUGACCUUUCCAUUGUCAGUAAAUGUAGGUAAGAAAUCACUUUAUAUAGCCUAAACUCUCUAUCAGCCAGACAACAUUCAAAUAAUUUGUGAGAUAAUUCAUAAUUUCGAACUUUCAGUGACUAUUUACUUCAAUUUAAUAUUCACGCUUAUCUUUCUGGUAUGGUGGCUUAUUUGUAUUAUUGCGUAUUUCAAGGCUAAAACUAUGUUACUUUUACGGAUGAAAGAUUAGACUGACCUGUUAUUGACCUUUUCAUUGUCAGUAAAUGUAGGUCAGAAAUCACUUCAUAUAGACUGUACAUGUUGCAGAAGCAUAGUGGAGUUCCUAUUUGUAUAUGUAUGACGCUUAAGAGAGUCUAUUAUUAUUGGUCACCAACGUAUUGCUUUUUAGGAAAAACGUCUGAACCAUGGAAUGGGACGAUGUGCUAAACAAAUACCUUGGUGAGUUCGGAAGGUUUCAAAGAUUCACCUCUCUGCUUGCCAUCUUGGUCGGCCCGACCGUCGGACUGACUUUAGUUGCAAUGACGUUCUUGGCAGCGACACCGGAACACCAUUGCCGCGUCUUUGGAAACACUUCUUCGGUCGGACAUCGCUACAGCACCGAGGGACAUAACUUGAGUAUCCCCUUGGAAAAUAUCGGCGGUACCUGGAAAUACAGCUCGUGUUUGAUGUACAAAAACUUAAAUAGAACAGAGUCAUCGAGGAAUGAAACUAUAGCAUGUACCCAUGGCUGGGAGUAUGACAGGACCAUUUACCAAAGUACCAUCGUCACAGAGUACGACCUAGUGUGCCGGAGAUCCUGGUUGAAGGGACUUGGUCAGAGCACUUCCAUGGUGGGGGUCAGCGUAGGAGGAAUAUUCUUCGGCAUAACUUCUGACAGAUUUGGCCGCCGACCUACCACAGUGUUUUGCCUUAUACUGCACCUCGCAUUAAGUACAGGAGCGUCUUUCGCAUCAGAUUAUGUUUCCUUCAUCGUUCUACGUGCGUUAGAUGGAGCAGCUGCCAAUGGUGCCUUUUUCACCGCCUUUGUUCUAGGUACAGUUGACGAUAAAUCGUUUACGUUAUUGCCUUCGCUUGACAUGUUGUAUUUUCAGUGCAUUUUGCUUUUGUUUGUUUGUUUGUUUUUUCCAUCCUCCUACGCAGGGUACAUGCAAAAGCCAAACUUCCUGUCUGGAUCUUCCCUUACAGCCCUAGAAGUUGUCGGGUCUUCCAAGCGGAAUGCAGUCGGCAUGACUGCGAGCCUGAGUUUUGGGACAGGGUUCUUCGUCCUUUCUGUACUGGCUUACUUUCUCCGAACAUGGCGGAACCUACAGCUGGUUCAAGCAUUGAUGAUGUACCCACUGCUAUGCUAUUGGUGGGUACUUCCAGAGUCUCCCAGAUGGCUCCUCAGUAAACAAAGAGUGACGGCAGCCAAGGAAGUCCUUCAGAGAGCAGCCCGGAUGAACAAGGUUACCCUAACAGAUGAAGUCUCUGAUCUUCUCGUGAAGUCAGCUGAAUCCAACGAGAUCACCAAGAGUUUCACAAUAAUUGACCUCGUGCGAACUCCUCGGAUGCGCAAAAUCACAUUGACGAUGUGCUUGGUAUGGAUGUUCAUAGCAGGAGUCUAUUUUGGCCUAAUUGUCGGGACGACAGGUCUAGCCGGGGAUCCGUACGUCAACUUUACCAUCGGUACAGCCCUGGAGAUCGUGCUGGCAAUUCUAGGGUGGGCGGGCAUGGAGAGAUGGGGCAGGAAACCAGUCAUUGCAGGGUCGGCAUUGAUGGCAGGAAUAGGUUGUCUGGUGUCAGCGGCUGCCAUAGGACUACCAACUGUUUCCCGUAAUUUUGCCUUGAUGGGCAGAGCUGUCAUCGGAAUUACUUACAACUGUUUGAUUGCCUACUCGCCAGAGGUGUUCCCAACUGUAGUAAGGAGCAUGGGCAUUGGUGUGGCCACCGCGUUCUCCCGAAUUGGCAGCAUCUUGUCUCCCUUCGUGACGCUCCUGGGUGAUGUCUGGCUGCCCCUCCCCAUGGUGACGUUUGGAGUGGCGGCUUGUGCAGGCGGUUUGGCUGUCUUCUUGCUCCAGGAAACACUUGGAGUCCCACUGCCUGAAACUAUAGAGGAUGUGGAGAAUUUGGGAAGGAAGUCGCAAAGAGAUGACGACCACGACAAAUCAGUGAGCUACACGAACCCCUGGCCGAAACGUGACCCCUUCAGACACGUUAAACGUGUAGUUACCUGUUACCAAACCGCUCGCGAUGGUGGCUACUUCAACUCUAUCUUAGUACCUUAACGAAUAAUAGCGGAUUGCGCGAAGUCUAAACGAAGCUUAUGUAUAGCUUGGCAUCCCAACAAAAGUUCCAGAAGCAAAAGAGUGCCAGGAAUGCAGGAUCUAGCAGUGAUAGGGUCAUUUCGUUAGACCUGAUAAAUGAAAAUAAAGCUAUACGUCACAGUAUGGAAGAUUUUGUUGUAAAGAUGUUGAACUUGGGCAUUGUUUGAUUUCUUUACUUGAAAUGUACAUGAAAACGUACGUGUAUUUGUGAAAGAUGGUGCCCAUUUAUUGUAUGACAAUUUCUAUUACUUAACAAUUUCAGGACACUAAGUAUAAGGCACAUGCGUUUGUUUGAUGAUUUCUUAUUGACAUAUUAUAUGUCGUGUAUGUUACAAACUGAAUGUGUCCAAGUAUUAUGUGUAUUACUCCUGGAAGACCACUUUGCAAUGAUAUGUCAACAACUAAAGGAGACAACGAAAAAUUAACAAUGAACAAUAUGUAAGAGACUAUUGUACGGGGUUAGACUGUAUUAUUUUCUAUUUUCUAGACUUAUCAUUAUUAUGACUUUGAUGAAAUUUCUUAAACUAUAGCGGUUUCUUAUGUGUUGUUAUGUAUAUUUAGAGUGGCAGAGGCACAUUCAUAUCCCAUUGGAAUUAAACGCGGUUAUUUAAAAACAAAGAGAAUAAUGAUGAUAUGAUUACCUUAUAUCUUAUGGUUUUUCCAUUACAUUGUUGAUAGAUGAUGAAAUUAGAUAUUUGAUCAUGUCUUCCCUUAAGUAUGCAUAUUUCCGUUCUACUGGUAUGGCUUGGUAUUAAUGAAGGUAUUGUGUAUAUAUUUGUACAUUGAGUAUUCUAAAACAAAGUGUACUUCGUUGUCUAUGAACAUGUAGCUCUUUGUACAAAAUAUACAUAGAGGACUUCUGGUGUUUCAAUUUGGG